CUGCCUGUAUAAACUAUGCCCAAAAGUUUCUGAAGUAAACCCCUCUUUGGAAAUUUUUUAUUAGAGCUUUGUAUGCACAAAUAAAACAUUCAUUCGUAUGCUCACGCGUACAUAUAGAUUUAUAAAUAGGGUGCGAAAUAUAGUAUAUGCUUGCCGGCGAUGCCGACGCCGGUUAGCGCAGCCAGGCAAUGCUUAACGGAGGAGGCCGCGCGUGUUCUGGAUGAUGCGGUGGCUGUGGCACGUCGGCGCAGCCACGCGCAGACGACGUCGCUCCACGCCAUCUCGGCCUUGCUGGCCCUGCCCUCCUCGGUUCUCCGGGACGCCUGCGCACGAGCACGCAGCGGCGCGUACUCGCCACGGCUUCAGUUUCGGGCACUUGAGCUCUCCGUGGGGGUCUCCCUGGACCGCUUGCCCUCCUCUUCCAAAGCCCUCGAAGAGCCUCCUGUCUCAAACUCUCUCAUGGCCGCGAUCAAGCGGUCCCAGGCGAACCAGAGGCGCCACCCCGAGAGCUGUCACCUGCACCACCAAAUCAUUCAAGGCCAGCAGCAAACGACAUCGCUUUUAAAAGUCGAGCUCAAGCACUUUAUCCUCUCCAUUCUCGACGACCCGAUCGUUAGUCGGGUUUUAGGGGAGGCAGGUUUCCGGAGCUGCGACAUAAAGAUAGCAAUUAUCCACCCGCCGGUAUCCCGGUUCUCGAGGACCCGGUUCCCGCCAGUUUUCCUCUGUAACCUGACGGAUUCGGACCCGGUACAACGUAGUUUCAGCUUGGAGGUUUCUGGGGACGAGAAUUCAAGAAGAAUCGCUCAGGUUUUACUCAAAAAGACUGGGAAAAACCCGUUGCUAGUCGGAGCUUGCGCUAUCGACGCCCUUCGGAGCUUCACCGAGUGUAUAAACAAAGGUAAAGGGAGUUCUUUGCCAGCUGAGCUAGCUGGGUUGAGUGUAAGCAGCGCAGAGAAUGAUAUUUCCGAGUUUGUUAAUGGACGUGGGAGCGAGGACAAGUUGGGAUUAAAGUUUAAGGAGUUGGGUAGUGCUGCUAAGCAAUGCUCAGGGCCCGGAAUUGUCGUCAACUUCGGCGAUUUGAAGGCGUUGAUCGAAGACAGUGUAUCGGGUGCGGCUGUCAGCUUUGUGGUUUCGCAGUUGACGAGGUUGUUGGAGCUUCACGGUGAGAAAUUGUGGCUGAUGGGUGCGGCGGGGACUAACGAGACGUACUUAAAGCUUCUGGGUCGGUUUCCGAGCAUACAGAAAGACUGGGAUUUGCAUCCCUUGCCCAUCACUUCUUUGCCUUUCAAUGAUGGAUUUUGCUCCAAGUCUAGCUUGAUGGGUUCCUUUGUUCCAUUUGGUGGGUUCUUCUCUACAACAUCUGAUUUCAGAAUUCCAUUAAGCCGCACAAAUCAAUCCUUUGCACGUUGUAAGCUAUGCACUGAAAAGUAUGAGCGAGAAGCUGCUCUCAUUCAGAAGGGAGGAUCAACUAGUUCUGUUGCUGAUCAGUACUCAGAAAACCUUCCUUCUUGGUUGAGAAUGGCUGAACUUGAUGCAGAGAAGGUAGUAGAUGUGGCAAAGACCACAGAUGAUCCAGCAACAUUGAAUGCCAAAAUUUUGCAGCUGCAAAAGAAAUGGAACGAUAUCUGUUGGCGAAUCCAUCAAGUACCACCACCUAAAUUAGAUAUUUCCCAUGCCAGGUUCCAAGUCCCAUCUGCUGAGGACUUCCUUUUGAAUACAAAUCGGAAGGAAGGAAGCAGUAAAGAUUCAUCUGUAAUCAAAAGCCGAUAUGCAAACCCAAGCUCCAGUAUGCCAACAGACUUCCAAAAAGUUUUCCCAUUUGAACAGGACAUUCAAAUACCGGUGGCUUCUGCUGCUGAAAAUCAUAAUUUUCAAUCUGAGCUAUUGGAUAAGGUUUCAAAGAGUCAGCAAAUUGAGAUGAAGAGCCCCUGGUUUGCUAGGUAUCCUACCCCCAAUUUGAGUCUACCCCCCGACCGUGCAUCAUCUUCUCCUGUCACUUCUGUGACCACAGAUUUGGGGCUGGGAACACUCUAUGCAUCAGUCAGUCAGGAGCCUGACAGUUCAAAAAUAUCAGGUGACAAGGAAUGUCUUCAGAACCUUUCAGGUUCUGUUUCUGCUGAGGUUGAUGCAGUGAGUGAAAAUACUUCGCACCAAGUUGCCCGGUCCUCUUCCUGCUCUGGUCCUAAUAUGGGAGAUCAGUCUGAUUUAAGAGAUUUUAAGUCACUUAGGAGAUUUCUUGCAGAAAAGGUUUGCUGGCAGGAUGAAGCCAUAUGUUCUGUCGGUAAAGCUAUAUCCUGUUGCCGAUCUGGUAAUGGAAGGCACCGUGGCUCGAGUCUCAGAGGAGAUAUUUGGCUUACUUUCCUUGGACCUGACAAAGUUGGAAAGAAGAGAAUUGCUUCAGCACUAGCUGAGCUAAUGUUUGGCACCAAGGAAAGCCUAAUCUCUGUGGAUUUGGGCUUCCAAGACAGGGUUUACCAAUCAAACAUGAUAUUUGAACACCAUGAAUUUGAAUGUUCUGGUAUGAACUUUAGAGGAAAGACUGUUAUUGAUUACAUUGCUGGGGAGUUGAGAAAGAAGCCCCAUUCAGUUGUCUUCCUUCAAAAUGUAGAUAAGGCAGAUAAUUUGGCCCAAAGGAGCUUGUCCCAGGCGAUUAGGACGGGCAAAUUUGCAGACUCCUAUGGGAGAGAAAUCAGCAUCAACAAUAUGAUCUUCGUGAUAGCCUCAAUGAUCACAAAGGGAGAUAGAACGUUCCUUUCAAGUAAGGAACCCAAGGAAUUUCCUGAGGAAAUAAUACUCAAAGCCAGAAGAUAUCAGAUGCAAAUCUUGAUGGAAUGCAUUGCUGGGGAUAGCGACAGAAGCAAUGGAAUGAAUGUGAGAGUAACUCCAAGAAAAGGAACUUUGAAUCCCAAGUCUGUAAAUAAAAGGAGGCUGACCGAGACCUGUGAUUCUAUGGUUCAGGGAGAAAUAUUCGAGAUGCCGAAACGGCCGCACAAGUUGUCCAGAUCCUAUUUGGAUUUGAAUCAACCUGUAGACGAUCUGGAGGACAUCGAUUAUGGAGACUGUGACAGUGACUCUAUCUCUGAAAACUCGGAAGCUUGGUUAGAGGAGUUGUUUGAUCAAGUGGAUGAAAAUGUGGACUUUAAAUCAUUUAAUUUUGAUGCACUUGCUGGAAAAAUAGUGAAGGAUAUUAGCCUAAAAUUCCAGAGGAGUAUUGGGACUAAGGUUGUACUGGAGAUUGAUUAUGAGGUUAUGGUGCAAAUGCUUGCAGCUGCUUGGUUAUCAGACAGAAAUAGAGCAGUGGAGGAAUGGGUUGAGCAGGUUCUCUGCAGGAGCUUGGCUGAAGCCCGGCAGAAGUACCACCUCACUGCUCAGUCUGUUCUGAAACUGGUUACUUGUGAAGGCACUUUUGUGGAAGGGCAAGCUCCUGGAGCGUGUCUUCCUGCAAGAAUUAAUUUGAAUUAAUUUUUUAGUCACCAUGCUUCAUGUAAGUAUGUGUAUACUGUAGCUCUUAGCAUAUAGCUUUCGGCCUUGGAAAAGCCUUUGUUUGGCUAUAAUCAAAAUCCAAAGUAAAUUUUUCAGGCAACCACUGUGCUGUACACUAUCAUCAUAUAUAUGCCAGCAGUAAAGGGAAUGUUUCUUGUUCUA